CCAUAGUCCACAGGGUUCAGUCUCUCUCUCCUGUGUAAAAUUCUAGGGUUCAGUUCUUUCUCUCUCUAGAAUGGACAAUUUGCUUGCAAAUUAUGGCUCUUCCGACGACGAAGAGAAAGAACAAACGCAACCAAAACCAACAGUUUUUCCAUCAUUAACCACUCCCAACUUUAGCCAAGGUAUCUCCAAGACCUCCAUCUUCUCUUCUCUCCCACCUCCCAAAUCUUCUCUCUUCAAUUCUCUUCCGCCCCCAAAAUCCAACCUCCUUAAACCAGCACAAACCCUAACCAAUCUCGACCACCAAGAACGUGAUGAAGAAGAAGACAUCGGACAACAACAGCAUCGACAAAACGUGAAUUCGGAAUCUGCCUCUCAAUUUGGUAAAAAAACCUCUAAACACUCCUCUUUGUUCUCUUCCCUUCCACCUCCGAAAACUCAACAGUUAGAUUCAGAGCCACCUCAGUCUUCCCCUUUUUUCUCUUCCCUUCCACCGCCGAAGUUGCACAACUCGGAUUCACGAGCACCCUUAGAUCACUCUUCUUCUUCUUCAGUCAGCAAUACCAAAAGGAUCGUUCAAUUCAAGCUUCCAAUAAACCCAUUUUUGAGGAAGUCCAGCAAAAGUGAUGACGAAGACGACGAUGAGGAGGAGGAAAAAGAAAGGAAAAGGUCUAAGGAAUUUAUUCAGACACCCACUGUGAAAUCUUUUCUGUCGAGUAUACCGGUGCCCAAGAAUUCGGUGACACUGGGCGCCCUUCCCUCCGCAUUGGGUUCGGGGAGAAGAUCAAUUCUGGAAGCAGAUGUACCGGCAUCGAAUUAUAAAGCUGUUGCAACUGAAAAGGAAAUGAGGGUUGAUUCGAACGUUGAAAACUAUGCGAGCCAAUGGGUUGAUAAGUCAUCCUCAAAUUCGUUAGGAACUGCGGGUGAUCAGUCAGAAUAUACAGUUGCAGCUGGUGGUGGUGAUCCUUCAAAUUUGGUUUCAGCCAGUGAAAACUAUGUAAACUAUGACACAUAUGGUGGCUAUGGAAAUUCUGGUAACUAUGGGCAUUAUGAGAGUAAUUGGGUUGAUGGGUCAGCGACAACUGCUGCUUCAGAUGUGUCAGGAAUACCUGAAUAUGCAAUGAAAGUGCCAGGGAAGAGAGGGAGGAUGGAGGUUCCUCAAGAAAUAGUUGAGGUGAAGCAGGAUGAGUUGAUUAAAAAUCGACCUCGGGAGGAUCAGGUCAAGUUAACUGGAAUCGCUUUUGGGCCCUCUUACCAGCCUGUCUCAACAAAGGGUAAGCCUUCAAAGCUGCAGAAGAGGAAACAUCAGAUUGGUUCACUAUUCUUUGAUAUGAAGCAGAAGGAGAUGGAACUUGCUGAACGACGCUCCAAAGGAUUCCUUACCAAAGCUGAAACACAAGCCAAGUAUGGAUGGUGACUUUGAGAUACAUAUAUUGUGGUUGUACUUUGUGUGACUGCCGGUUAAGAAACGAGAAAGGACCAGUAAAAAGUGGUCUCCUGAAUGUAAAUUAUCUUGUAUUGUUUUCAAGUUGAUCAAUUUUUUUCAAACCAGGAUUAGCCCUACUCUCUUAUCAUGUGCUGUUUUUGAAUUUCCUUAUCAUAAGCUAAUGGAUUAUACUUUUAAA